AUGAGUCAAAGAAGAACUGUUGUAGCGGUUAGCGUAAAGCCCAAGUGCUUUAAAUUAGAGCCUAGACACGGAUCUUCAUCCUCUUCGUCUCCACCCCCAUCAUCUCCGGAUGAAAAUACAUCAGAAAUGCCAUCUAUUAAGCUAUCCAAGAACUGGGAGUUGCCUCAGCGGCUGAAACCCGGACGUAAGCCGAAGUACAAACGUGCUGAAGCGUUGGCUAACAAGAAGCCGUCAUUCAAGUUAAAAAAGGCCCCAACCUGUAAUCAGAAAGGGCAGAUGAUUACAGCUGACUGUGAGCACGAACUGACGAAAGAUGAUGGAGAUAAAGAGGUAAACACGAUUGCAAGUGGCGAUGAAAACGGUGUUGAUAACGUAGAAAAACGAAGGAAGCAAAAUAGAGACGCUCAAAGAGCAUAUAGGGAACGUAGGACAACCAGGAUUCAAGUUCUAGAGGACAAAGUGGAGAAGUUACAAAAUUUGGUUGACACUUGGCAUAAGAAAUACAAACUGUUGGAAUUCGAGCUACGUGAUACGAAGAAAAAGCUGCAUUCAUCGCUAGCACUAAAUAGCGAAUUACAAAGAACGUCGCCUUGGUUUACGAAUACUCAAUUUCAGCAACCACAAUCAAAUGCCCAAAAUUUGGCAGAAAACCCCGUUUCGAUAACAGAAAUGAUAGAGAAUUUCAAGCCAAUGGGUGCUGUAAAUCUGAAGAAAAGGAAAGCCGAUGAAGCUCCUUUAACAUCACAAAUUUCCACAAUAUCAACGGAUCAGUCUUUAUCAGAGAUUGAAACAGUUAAUGAAUACCAAUAUCCUAGCAGUAAACAGUUUAGUUCAAGGAACUCAUCUCUCGACGGCCAUACGAGUCCACCGUCGUCUUUAUGUAGUAGCAGCACCAACGCAAACAAGAAGACAAAAUUCUGUGAGAAGAAACAAAUGGUAGAACCAACUGAGUGUUGUGGGCAGGACAAUACCAUUGCACCCACUUUGGCUCCGGGAUGUUUUGCAAGUAAGAAAAUAAAAUUGGAUGGUAAGAGACCGGUACCAACCUGCUGUAAAGACAAAGAAAGAGACAAGGAAAUCGAUGAUAGUGAGAACAAACCCAUCACCAUAGAGGAUGGAUCAUGGAUACCUGGGAGCUGUAAACAAUGUAGAUCAGACCCUAACAGUAUGAAUUUCUGCCAAUCGCUUUCUAACAGACGUAGUUCAAGUUGCUGUUCUGCCAGUAGUUCAGUGCCAGCGAAUGCCAAUAAACAACAAACUGAUAUGAAUUAUAGUCUGAUUAAGUUGCCUGAAAUAGGCAACGCCAAGAAUACCCCAUCGGAUGUGGCUUCCAAUGCAAAUGACUAUAUACCAAUCAGUUGCACAUAUCAAAAAAUUCGUCAACAUAUGCAGAAGAAUAAAAGUCUCCAAGAACCGAUCAAUACAGAUGAUCCGGCCUCCGUCUCGUUAAUCCUGGAGAACGUUGCUUCUGGAUUGCGCGUUAGUGGACAGAAAGUGGAGUUACAAAGCGUAAAGGAUGCGUUACACAAGAUGGAUAAACACGUUUUAGAAUAG